CAAUAGUAGUACUGCUAGUAGUAGUGGCAGCAGUAGUAGUAGUAGUAGUGAUAGUAGUAGUAGUAGUGGUACUACUAGUAGUAGUAGCGGUACAGGGAGUCGUAGUAGCAGUGCUCAGCAUCAGCGCAACAAUAGCAGCAGCGACAGCAGCGGCAACAGCAGCAGCGACGGCAGCAGCACCAGCAGCAGCCACAGCAGCAGCAACAGCAGCAGCAACAGCAGCAGCAACAGCAGCAGCAGUAGCAACUC